GAUCAGACAGACAAUUUAUCAAAUAUUGUGAAUUUUAUUUCUUAAACAGAGCAAGAUGGAGAAAUUCAUGUUGUUGCUCCUCUUCUGUCAUGUCGCAUCUCCAGUGCUUCACUCCCUGAAGUAUUUCUUCACUGGAUCGUCUGGAGUCCCAAACUUCCCAGAAUAUGUCUCUGUCGGUUUGGUUGAUGAUGUUCAAACUGAUUACUAUGACAGCAUCACACAGAGAGCAGUGCCCAAACAGGACUGGAUGGAGAAGGUCACAGGUUAUCUUCCUAACUACUGGGACAGAGAAACUCAGAGGUGUCAGAAUGACCAGCAGGUUUUCAAAGCCAACAUUGACAUCGCAAAGAGACGCUUCAACCAAACUGGAGGUGUCCACAUUGUCCAGGUGAUGUACGGCUGUGAAUGGGACGAUGAGACUGGAGUCACUAAUGGUUUUAAUCAGCAUGGUUAUGAUGGAGAAGACUUUGUAGCUUUUGACCUGAAGACAAAGACAUGGAUCGCUCCAACACCACAGGCUGUCAUCACCAAACACAAGUGGGACGGACUGCCAGGUCGAACUGAGGGUUUGAAGAACUACCUCACCCAGAUUUGCGUUGACUGGCUGAAGAAGUAUGUGAACUAUGGGAGGAGCACUCUGCUGAGAACAGAGCUUCCCUCAGUGUCUCUCCUCCAGAAGACUCCCUCCUCUCCAGUGACCUGCCAUGCUUCAGGUUUCUACCCCAACAAAAUCAUGUUGUUCUGGAGGAGAGACGAAGAGGAGCUUCAUGAGGACAUAGACCACGGAGAGAUCCUCCACAACCACGAUGGAACCUUCCAGAAGAGCGUUGACCUGGACGUUUCAUCAGUCAAACCUGAAGACUGGGGGAGGUACAGCUGUGUGUUUCAGCUCUCUGGUGUCGAGAAGGACAUCGUCACCAAACUGGACCCAAAAGUGAUCAAGACCAACUGGGGCAGGACUGAGAUCAAACCUGAGACUGAGAUCAAACGUGAUGGAGACAACCAGACAGUUUUUAACUUUGACAACAGUAAAGCUCCAAGUUGUCCCUCAGAAUUUCCCACUGUUGUUGUUCUUGGAACUGUUGUUGGCCUGCUGGUCCUGGUGGUGAUCUGCAUCACUGCAGUCUUCAUCUGCAGAGAAAGAAACAAUGGGUUUGAAAAAGCAAACGCUUCGGACGGUUCGGCUUCAUCUGUCGAUGGUUCAGCCUCUUAACUGAGCACAGGAGAAUCAGUGAAGACAAGACGGAUGGUGGAUUUCAGGAAGUCAUCAAGGCAUCAAAAAAUAUUUUUCUUUCUUAGAGAACAUGUGCACUAAAUUAAAUCAAAAAUGCACAUUAACUGAGCUUGUUUUAUUGAAAAAUGAUAUUUGGGAAAGUUUUAAGACAAAACAAAUUAGUUAAAAUUGCUUUGAUCCACUGGCCAAAAAAAAAAAGAAAAUGUUUUCUAUUCAUUCAUCAUGUAAACUAUUCAGGCUCUAUCCUUGUCUCUGCACUAUAUUGUGUUUAUUAUCAAAUGCAGAUUUUCUUCCUUAAAUGAGCGACAGUCUGAAUUGGCAGAAAUAUGACUACAUAGAAAUCUGUAUCAGUAACAUCAGCAGAGUAGCGCUGGGCAAUAUGGACAAAAUCAAAUAUCAGUUCUUAUUUUCAAAUACUUCAUUAUCGAUAUUCUGACGAUAAUGUUGGGAUGACUAUUGUUGCUUUCACAAAAUCUUCACACAAUGAUAUGACCAGGCAGGUUGAGGGAAACAGCUGCAACCCUCUAAUAAUUUCAGAAAACUCCAUCCCUUUACUUUAAUGAAGCCUUCAAGUUUCUUAUCUGGUGAAGUGGGUUUUGUUGUUCAGUGAGCAACACUCGUCAGAUGUUGUGUAUAGAUGUAAAAAUGGGUAAAGAUGAAUUUGACAUUAAAUCCAGUUU